CUUUGGUUAAUUGAUCACACAACGUAAUAAUAGGAAGGAAUUGACAUAAUAAACCAAUAUAUUAGGAAUGUUCCCAUUAAUUAAGCAUUGAAAUCUUAGAACCCCCUAAAAUAGAUUAUUUGAUUUACUUUGUUAAUAAAAUACUACUAUUACUAAAUUUAACUUCACUUCAUACGGUAAUUAUAGAAUGUAGAGACCUUAAUACCUAUAAUCUGCUCCGCAAUGACUUCAACUUGUGAAUGACGUACAAUCUAUAGCCUAAGAUCUCAGAUCUAUCAUUCAUGUAGAAAGAAGUCUUUAAGUACGUUGCCAGCAGAUAAAGAUGUAUGCAGCUUACAGGCGGGGAAGAACAUAAUUCAAAUUUCAGACUACAACAAAACUAACCCAAGAGGAGAAAUGGUAUGGCCAAGUUAUGGAUACAUCAGAGUAAGGUAAACGAGAAGAAAUGAGUUAAGAAAUGCAUGCCCAAGAGAGUGAAAAAAAGUAAAGAAUUGAGAACAGAUAGACAACCUCGCAGGUCCAGUUCUCGCUCCUUAAUGGCAUUGAAGAAAUGAGGGCUUUUCCAGAUUAAAUCCACUCUGGGUCUCACCAUGUUCUUCUGACUUGAAUUCACUGGACGACGAUGGGGUUUCGGGGUUUAAGGGUUUAGGGCGUCGACGACAAACGACAGCAAGCAGCGCUGUGUGGAUCGGAACACGAGACGUCCACAUUUCGGACCGGACCAACCCCCUUAAUGGACUUUCAGACGACCCAAAUGAAUUCACAUUUGGGUCUCUCCAUCUAUGUGGCUUGUGUAUUAAAGUUCUAAACUUUUUAAGAAAUUAGACUGAAUUCACAUUUGGGUUAAUUCAUUAUUCAUUUUGUUAGUGAAAACUAAUCGAGUAUUAAUCUCGUCAAACUGGGAUUUCCCGCCCAAAUCAGGUUAGGUCGCAGUGUUUACCUUUUCUAACCCAGCUACACUAAUAAUGGACUGGGUCCUCGUACAUCGCUACACAUAUCUGCCCUACUCGUUUCUUUUCUCUUCUUCUCUCCUUGGCUGGCAACUUUCACCUCGUGGGUAAUCAUUGAAGAGUCAUCAGGGUAGUGGGAGGGGUUGUAACAGCAUGAGCGGCGGAGAAAAGAACGAGAACGAGGAGGAUGUGAAAAAGAAACCAACGAAGGGGGAAAAGCGCCGGGGCCGAAGUCCGUCCAAAAGGGAACCAAUCGCUGACAUUGAAGAUAUUAUGUUCAGCAUAGAUAAAGUUCAGACAAUGAGGUCAUCGCUAUUGGAUUGGUACGACCUUAGCCAUAGGGACCUUCCUUGGAGGAGGUUGGACAAAGGGCAGCCUCAAACACGGGGUUAUGGUGUGUGGGUAUCAGAAAUAAUGCUGCAGCAGACGAGAGUUCAGACCGUCGUUGAAUAUUACAAGCGUUGGAUGCAUAAAUGGCCCACCGUUCAACAUCUCUCUCGUGCUUCUCUCGAGGAGGUGAAUGAAAUGUGGGCAGGCUUGGGAUACUAUAGACGAGCUCGUUUUCUUUUAGAGGGUGCAAAGUUGAUAGUCAAAGAAGGUGGCGAAUUUCCUAAAACGGUUUCUGCCCUUCGAAAAAUUCCUGGAAUUGGAGAGUAUACAGCAGGGGCUAUUGCCUCCAUAGCAUUUGAUGAAGUGGUGCCUGUGGUUGAUGGUAAUGUGAUUCGGGUAAUCGCUCGAUUAAAGGCUAUUUCAGGAAAUCCGAAAGACUCAAAGUUGGUUAAGCAAGUUUGGAAGGCAGCUGCUCAAUUAGUUGAUCCUUCCAGGCCUGGGGACUUCAAUCAGGCACUCAUGGAACUUGGUGCAACUUUAUGCACACCAACAAGCCCAAGCUGCUCAACAUGCCCUGUGUUUGAUCACUGUGAGGCCCUUUCAAUCUCAAAGGAUGAUAGUUCAGUUCUUGUCACAGAUUAUCCCGCUAAGGGUAUAAAGACCAAACAAAGACAUGAUUACUCUGCUGUUUGUGUGGUUGAGAUAUUGGAAAAUCAGGGCUCAUCUGAGUUGAAGCAAUCCAGUAGAUUUCUUCUUGUAAAGAGGCCUGAUGAAGGCUUGCUUGCUGGCCUAUGGGAGUUCCCAUCUGUCUUGUUGAAGGGAGAAGCUGAUUCAAGUACAAGGAGAGAAUCCAUGAACAGCCUCUUGAGUAAAUCCUUUGGACUUGAACCAAAAAAGAAUUUUGAUAUCGUUAUUAGAGAAGAUGUUGGAGAUUUUAUCCAUGUUUUCUCGCACAUCCGUCUCAAGAUAUAUGUUGAACACUUGGUGUUACGUUUAAAAGGUGAAGGUAGCAAGUUGUUUCGGAAACAGGAGAAGAAAUCUAUAUCAUGGAAAUGUGUGGACAACAAGGUUAUGUCCAGCGUGGGGUUGACGUCCAGUGUGAGGAAGGUGUAUGCCAUGGUGGAGAAAUUUGAGGCAGAUAAGAUAUCUCCCAUCCGUGCAGUAGCCACAAAAAAACAGAGAGCUACUUCAACAAACUUGAGCUGCAGGAGCUGUUGACCUUAAUCAAAGUAAGCUAAUAUAUCCAUUAGAAAAAUAGUAAACUAUCGGGGUCGAACCGACUGAACCAUCGGUGUUUUGUUGGUUUAGUGAACCAAUGAUAGUAUGACUAAAAAAAAUUAUUUUUUUUUCUUCGGUGACUCGUAUAUAAAAUUAAAAAUUUAAAGAGAA